AUGAACCUCACCUUUGAAAGCGAUAGCGAAGUCCGGGCCCAGGUCGACACGUAUGCGGCCCAGGUGCGGUAUGCGGUGUCCCAGGAGUUCCAAAUAGAUGAAUUACUAGACUCCUGUGUCAGUGUGGACCAGGUUUGGGAUGCUCUUGACACCGCCAAACACAGGUUGUACUCGGUGGUAUCUACCGUUCAAGUGGUCCCAGUGCAUGGCAACGUUGUCACCUGGACAGCCGUGGUGGCAGAAGUGCUUUUGCUGGUGUGCAAGUUGCGGGUGUUGUUGGAAGAUGCUGUUUUAAAGUAUGGCCUGUCGGCAGAGAGAAUACGGCUUAAGAUGGGACAAGUGUAUGUGGAUACUAAUGAGUUUGUGUUGCGAUGUGUUUCCGACCGCAUAUAUGGCGAGCGGGCUGUGGCCAUAGCUCGCGAGCACGCAGCGUUUGCGUUGGAGUUGCUGAGGAUGUUGGUGAAUGUGUUUGAGGUAAGCGAGUACAACCUUGCGGUGGACUGCGGGUCGAUUAGCAAUUACCAGUUGCUCUUGAAGCAAGGUACUGGGAUCACCGCCAAUUUGUUUGAGGGCGUGUUGGAACGGCCCUGGAAGGGCCAGUGCUUGGGACUUGUGUUUGGAACGUUGGUGAGGUGCUUGAAGGCUAUUUACACCACAGGAAACUCAAAGACGUUGGAAACUCUUUUAACUGUCAUAUCACCAACUCUCGUGUCGGAGAUACGUAAGUUCGCCAAGGUGGAGUAUAGAGACAUCGUCGACUACUAUAAGUACGUUGCGUUCAACUUUGUGUGGUUGGCAGUCGAGGACUUAUCGUGUAUUGAUGAUGACUAUACUCACCAGGCAGACAUAUACUUCAAUUGUCUCUUGGCCUUACCCAGUAGCGACUACUCGGUGAUCCCAAGCUUGGAGAAGCAGCCGUCCAACGGGUUGGAGGCCAACUCUUAUGAUCCUCGGAUUCGCAGGCUUUAUCAGGAACAGGUUUCCAGUGAAAGAGAGAUCGACUGUGACCAGGUGAUGAUGAGGUAUAAUGAGAGACAUGAGAUCUCGUUAAUGUUUGUAUUGAACUCGAUGUUGAUGGUCCAACGCUUAGAAGAAGCCGUGAGUGUUCCGCCCCUAUUAGUGGAGGAGAUGGAGGUGUUUCUGAAGAGUUUGGCAGACCAUCUUACCAGUAGCAUUCGAAAGCAAAGCACGUCCGGACUCAACUCGGCACCACGCGUGAGAGCCCUCAAGGGUGGGAGUACAGCCACACCCGUCCCUGAACUUCACGAGGCUCUGAAAUUUCAGUGUCUUUCUUCAAUAAUAACUAAUGGCUCAUACAAGGCAAGACACAUAGCGGUGCUCAAGUGGCUACAACAUUUGAAAAGAGGCAAGCUCAACACCCUCAUCAACAUAUUCUCUAUCAAUGAAUCGAAUCCCACAAGUUUCAGCACUCUAGUCCAAUCGUGUGAUCCCAGUAAGUAUCCUGGUGUCCACCACUUCUACCAGGUACUUAUUACAGUGUCCCGGUUGUUUGAGCUCUUGAAGUUGAAGUUUUUCGUCGCUAGUACCGGCUCCAGUGUCAUCGGGGAACUGGAUUUACAGAGACUCAUUUCUGAUACCCUGGACUUGCAUGCUAUUCUAAAGGUGAAAAAGUUGCUCGACUGCAAACUCCAAGUUAGAGAAGGACAAAACCUCUACUGCUUCAGUUUGGUGCAAUCAGAUAAAAGAGAACAGAAUACUGUCGAAAGCCACCAAACCGAGCUUGUGCGGAGUAUUAACGAGCUUGAAGAGCAAAUCGAUAACGACUUGUUCGAGCCUUCUUGGUAA